AUGACGUUCCGCGAGAAGGUCAAGCGGGUGUUCCGCUCCAACUCCAAAUCCAAAAAUGAUGGAAAGCCCAAGAUCGAAUACUACAGACGACACGAGUGCCCCCCAUCUAAAUUCCGCGGUCCCUUCGACCGUGCCCACCAAAAAAGCCUAGCCGCUUGGUCCUUCGAGGGUGCAAUGGUCGAACGAACUCGUUCUUUCGAACUUUCCGUCUCGCCCGGUGACCCGUGUGAGGGUUACGACUACUCCCGUCCAUCCGAUACAGAUGACUCGGUGUCUCCGGGUGAUAUAGUCGAUAUCGAUUCAGCCGCCAAUCCAGAGGCCCCUGCGGAAUCUUCGCCACGCGCUGCUGACUCCGGCUCUCAGUCCUCCACCAUCCUCAACCCCUCCAGCUACAGUGGCUCCAUGAUGACCCUUAUAAACGAGGGCUCUAUCUACGAGAUCCCGGAGGAUUCAAAGGAUCAGAAGUUCUUUUUGAAGGAGUCAAUCCGUUAUUCGUCGCCCCUCGUUCGCGCCAUCUCACCCGCUAUGACCCCAUGCGUCAUGUCCGCCAGAAAGCACCUUCCUUUCUCGCCUGAGGAUCUGGCCCGCGCCUUGGUCGCCGUCCAGGUCUGCGCAUGA